GGCUUAUUGGACCACCACGUCCAAAGGGCAGUGUGCGACACGCGAGCCAAGUAUCGAGAGGGCCGACGGCCUCGAGCGGUCAAGGUAAAGUGAUUUCAGCUGCAUUCGCUGUCCUGGGUAGCCCCGCUUCUGUAAAUAAAGCCCUGACAAGACUGCUGUCAUAGUCAUCAAAGGAGAUGAAUUUUGAGGAAUCCUGGUAGUCAGACACCAAAGAUUUUCACGACCCCUUUGGCGAGCCACUAGAACGUCAAACCCGCUAGAUCGAAGAUUUGUUUUUGUCAUUGUAUUUUCCUUGUUUGCGGCGGUGCUUGGCACAGGGUAUAUACAAUCAAUUUGGAAUCUCGAUACUUAUUAAUUCAAGGAGUUCCUGCAGUGGGAGCAAUGAAGGAAUUAGUUGAACGAUUUGCUCUGUAUGGUGCAAUUGAGCAGUAUAAUGCUCUAGAUGAAUACCCAGCAGAAGACUUUACCGAAGUUUAUCUUAUUAAAUUUUUAAAUUUACAAAGUGCAAGGAUAGCCAAGAGAAAAAUGGAUGAACAGAGCUUCUUUGGUGGAUUGCUUCAUGUGUGCUAUGCUCCAGAAUUUGAAACAGUUGAAGAAACUAGAAAAAAAUUACAAGAGAGGAAGGCUUAUAUAGCAAGAGCUACUAAAAAUAAAGAUCAUUACACAACAAAGAAGCAGCUGGUCACACCGCACAAUGGCACAAAAGAUGUUAGACAGAACUUCCAUUCGGAGACUGCUGGAUUCUGUGCAGCCACUUUGAACACUUCUGGUAACUCAGAUCCUUGCCUGCCUUAUUCUUGUGAAUUGCCUUUGUGUUAUUUCUCUUCAGUGUGUACAUGUUCAUCAGGGAAUCAUGUGAACAAAGCAUCAGAGCCCUCUCAGAAUGGUAGAAACCAGGAUGAAGUAGUGGCACACUGUAGCCACAAUGACUUUUUGCAGAAAAUACAAGUGAAAACUUUUAAAAAUUCAGCGGCCUGCCCAAUAACACAGAAGGCUAUCACUCCUUCAGAGGCAGUUGACAGAUUUAUGCCGCGGACAACACAACUGCAGGAACGGAAAAGAAGAAGAGAAGGUGACCGUAAACUUGCAACUUUUCUUGAAACAAGUACAAGUAGUAAUGAGGUUAUAAUUGGACCACUGUUACCAGAUAUACCUAAAGUGGAUAUGCAUGACCACUCAUUAAAUACAACAGCAAAUUUAAUUCGGAACAAACUUAAAGAGGUAACUUCAUUUGUGCCCAACCCUCCAAAGGACAAGCUGGGAGAUACGCAUACAAACCACCCACUAAAACAAAGAAGAAGAAUAUAGAUUGCCAGCAGUGUAUUUUGUGAGGGCCUAUUUUUUUUUUCAAGCUAGUCAUAUUAGUUCUUGAAGAAAUUUUACAGCUGGUAUUUUUUCUAAUGAUCUCCUUUUUGUAAUUUCAUCCAAGCUAAUUGUGUAAUAUAGUUUAAACUUUUAAAAUUAGUUCAUUGUUUUAUUAUACAAACUCUUUAUAUUACCUCUCACAUUGUGAUAAUUAUAUGUAAAUUAUUUGGAGCAAAAAUAGAAACUUUACAGUACAAAUAAAUACAUGCAACCAGGAUCUGUUUCUGAUUUUAAUGCAAGUAUUGAGUGAGUGAUAUUCAGAAACUGGAAGUCAGCAUAUGUCUGAAUGCCAGAACUUCAAAAUCAAGACAUUUCUGUAAAGUAAAAUGGUUAAUAAUCUAUUAGAGCAAAGCUGAAAUUAGAACCUUACAUGCUUUACUUGAUCUAAGUAAAUUUUGCUAAGUAAAGCAAAAAUUAAUCAAUACUUUUUAAGUGGUAGACUUCUACCACACUUUUAACACACCCACAGUUUUUCUAUCUCCAUGAACCACAUAAUUCAAGGUCCAGGUAUGCCCAAGCUAUUUACAUUUCUUUAACUGAUAAAAAUAACUUGAAGAAAAGCAAAUGAAAAAAAAUUUAAUUAAAAAAAAAAAACUUGAGAAGAUCAUUACUAAAUGUUUUCUGUUUUUCACUUCUUAUCUAUAAGGAUCUCUUGCCUAGUGGAUUGAGUUGGAACAUAUCAAUUAAUAAAGUUAAUCUCCAGUUUUGACCUAUUGAUUUAAAUGCAGUAGGAUGGUAGUAAGUGGUUAGUGAUAUUAAAAGAGGCAACAGGGAGAGAGUUUAGCUAUACUUUCGUUUAAGGUAGUGUUUUUUGCUGAACUCUCGGGUAAAAGAUGUAUUGGAGACCUGAACAUAGAAUUGAACAAAGUGCUAUCUAGGUCAGGCUUGUGGAACUUCAAGGUGCUAUAUAAAUCUUUAUCUGGAUGACUUCCUAAAAAUGAAGAUUCUGAUGGUGGUCUCUAGGGGCCAGUGGGUGAGGGGAUUGAGAAGUUUGGGGUUUUUUUUGUUUUUUUAUUUAUUUUUUGGGGGAUUGAGAAGUUUUUAAAGGAUAAUUGAGUUUUAGUUUUGCAAGAUGAAAAAAGAUUUCUGGAGAUUGGUCUUAAAACAGUGUAAAUGUACUUUACUGAAUUGUACACUUAUAAUUAGUUCGGUUGGUAAAUUUUAUGUUAGGUAUAUCUUACCACAAUUAAAAACAUUGUGUCUGAUAUCCCUAAGGGGAGGAACUGCUGAGUGGUUCUGUUUUCUGAGUGGGUUCCUAAUGUGUUACUAUGUGGAGACCAGCACUCAUCCCUAUUUCUGCCAACAGAGACAAUAUUAGUUGAUGAUAAAAGAAACAUUUGUUGUGUGUGUAUACAUGCAUGCAUGUGUGUGCUUUGUUGUGUUGUGUGUGUGUGUGUGUGUGAGAUAGCUUCUAGAUAGCUUUUACAUGAACUGUGGGUGCUGCUGAAGAAGUGUCGGUGUUCAGUUCUAACUUCAGUAGUAGCACCAAAUCUGUCCAUAAUUCUAAACUGUUCCAUCUAUCAGUCUCUUAAAAGAAGCCUGCCUUGGAAGCACUUUUUUUUUUUAAGCAUGUAUUUCCAGAUGUAAAAUUUGGAAAUACAAUGGGUUAAGUUAGUAAGACGAACUGUGAAGGCUAAUGUUAACAUUAUGCUUGACCAUUCACAAAAUCCUCUAAGGACUGCAGAGAACAAAGUUUAUCCCUAUAUCAUGUUUGUACAGCAUACUUGACCAAAUGAAGAAAUAAAGGAAAUGUUUG